GCUUAAUGAUGUUCUUGUCAUCUCUUCACAGUCAUCCUGUUCAAAGGGGUGGGUUGCACAGGAGAGCUUCUGGUUUCUCAUAGCUGGGUGCUGCCUGCUCCUGGUCUGAUGCUGUGGAUGCUGCCUGCCAGACACUGCUGCAGACUUCUGGGCUGCCCUUGAAGGCAACUUACCAAUGGUUAACCAGCCAGCAAGGAUUUUCAACUGAAAUCCCUGUGGAAGAUAUAAGUCUAAAAGUUGUUUCAGUGAAGACGCACUAGAAAGGAUAAAAUGGAUGCCAUGCACAAGCUGAAGAUUCUGGUGAUGCUUCUGGCUCUGGCUGUUUUUGUGGCUGUAGUGACACUGAAUGCUGGAGAUGCCACUGGGACGUUCAAAGGUCUGUUCAGGUCAACCCCUGGAAACAUCUCGGCCAAGUACAACACUGACUUCACACCAGCUGGCUGGACUUUCCUCAUCUGGAAUGUCAUCUAUGCCUGGCAGCUUGCCUGGCUUCUCUACGCCUUGUCGGGGAUCUGUCGAAGGAAUGAAUUUGGAUGUGCCUGCAUAAAGCCGGACUUGCUGCCAAUAUCUUUUUACACAGUGUGGAUACUCAACAAUGGCCUCAAUAUUUCAUGGCUGUUUCUGUGGGACCGAGAAUGCCUCCUCCCAGCCCUGGUGCUCCUGGUAGCUCUCACUCUUACUACGUUUGUCUGCCUCAUCAUUUCACACCGAGCCUUGAAUGCCCAUUCCUCGUGGCUUGUGAAGGGCCACAAAGCUGAGCUCUGGCUCAUCCGCAUCCUAGUCCAGAAUGGGCUGGCGCUGUAUGCAACAUGGACCAGCAUUGCCACCCUGCUGAACUUUGCUGUUGUGCUGAUCUACAAGUGGAAUGUGGCCAAUGAGACAGCAACGACUGCUUGUCUCAGCAUCCUUGGUCUCAGCCUAUUAAUAUGGUUUUAUCUAGAAAACUUUGUCCUUGACCAGUAUGUCCGCUAUAACAUCACAGUCUACCCAGUGGUCAUAACAGCUCUGACUGGCAGCGCAUGCAAGAACUUCUUGUUUUCAUUCCCAACAACAAAUGGUGUUUUUAUAGUUGUUCUGUUGGCAAUCACUUGCUUCAUUUUUGCUGUUCGGCUGGGACUUGUUGCAUGGAGACACUUUAGGAGACCAUUGGAAGCAUCAGAAAACCCAGACCCAUAGGGCACAGUGGCCUGAGACCUCUGGCAUGUUGUAGCACAUACUUUAAAUGGAGAAAAAAGGAUCCGGCAUCUGCUGGUCUGUCCUUCCAGUAUCAAUUGCCUUAUGCUCUCUAUUUCUGCCCUUCCAAAUACAGAUGCUUGUCUGCAAACCUCUCCUGCUUCUAAGUUCCCUCAGCUCAGCUGCUCACAGCCCCACUUUGAAUCCAUGCCCUUCUUCAUUUGGUUUGACUCUGGAUCAGUGCAGGAAAAGGCCCUUCAGCUGAAUAGCCCUGUACAGGUUUGGGAUAGAGCUGUGGCCCUACCUGUUGCACUAUCAACAGGCACUAUGCGGGCUUGCACAGGCACUUCUGUAUGGUUUUUCCUUGGUCACUAAUUUUCCUUAAGGCCAAGGUGAGCGGUGAGACUCCUGUCAUGCCUCUGGCCAUUCAGUGCUGGGUUUCUGCAAGCCCCUGUGGUGUGAGCAGGAAUCCUGCAGGCAGCAACUGCUCCCUUUCCUGCUGCUUUUCCCACAUCAUAAAGAUACUACAGCUCUGGAGAUCUACCUGUGCUGUGUCAGCUCUGCUUGAUACCCAAGGGGGAAGAGGAGGAGUGACUGAAUAUUUCUGACACAAAUGCAAGCCUUCAACCUAUUUUUAUUUGUAGCUCUGGAAAUUGAAGAUGCGUUCACCUUUCAGCAUCCACUGAAGCAUCUGGGGCUCUGCCCUGUUUUUUCCCUUUCUCAAGUUAGUCACUGUGUCACCGCCUCUGUCUGUGACCCACAAUAGCAGCAGCUUCGCUGUUCCUGCCCUAGCCUAUAAGACAGGAGAGAUCUGGGUCAGGCAGGAGCCGUGGGAUGCCUUUCCCUGAGCUGUGCAGUGCAGUUUGCGCUGGGUGGAUGCCUCCUGCUGGAGAACGGUUUGUAGCCAUGCUGGCAGGAGGAGAUGCGCAGAUGAGGUGGUGCCUGCCCCGGGGUGAAGCUGCUGCUUCAAAGGGAAGCCUGUUUAAGGAAAAAAAUCACUUGAACUGAUAACGUGAGUUCGUCGUGGAUUGGUGCUUUCUCAUGCGGCUUCACCACAGGAAGCCUUAACGUGGGUUGACUGAGUUGUCAAACCGCUGCCUCCACUUCCUGUGCCUACUUGAGCCUCACUGCUAUCUGGAAGUGUUUCUACAUGGCAGAUGCUUUCAGAUGCUGAAUUCAUUGCAACACUAUUACAAAGGUUAAAUUGUCUAAAACACCAUGUGCUAGCGUUUACAUUUAACAAAACUAAAUCGGUGUCAUGCACUUCCUCU